AUGGCCAGUAAAACGAUGGCAAGGGGCAGAAAAAAUCCGGCCAGUGUGGUGGCCACCAAAAGCAACCAUAUGGACACCGAAAGUGACGAACAAGAGUACUCAGCUCUUAACCGAAAGCUGCAGAGCAAGGUAGAAGCUCUGAAAAUCAUGCGUUACGAGCUGGAAAAAUGCCGCACAGAACGGGAUCAAUUCAAGCUUAUGGCCGAAACCAUUCAAUUGCGCUACUCGGCCAUCAAAAAUAGUUUGAACGCUCCUGAUUUUCAGGCUGCUGGUUUUGGAAACACUUCCGCCGUGAGCCUACUGGUUAAACAAACGCGCGAACGCAACGAAGCCCUGACGACGGAAGUGGAAGCCCUCAAGCAACGCCUGUACGAUCUCGAGGGUGACAUCAAGGUGGUACGCGCAAGGAAUGUCGAGCUGCAAGACACCUGUUCUAAGCUGCGAACGGUGAAUGAUUCGCUUCUCACGGAUAGUGGCGAUAAAACAUGGCAAGCAGAAAAAUCGCAACUUAUCGCGCAGCUGGAACAACUCCGAAAGCGAAACGCUCAACUACAGUAUGACUUUCGAUCGUUGCUGGAUGAAAAAGAAGAAACUGUAACCGAAAGAGACGCGUACAAAUGCAAGGCGCAUCGACUGAACCAUGAACUGACCGUAGCCCUGCGUGGUGCCGGCGGGAACUCACAGACCCUGCUCGACAUCGACGGGCUAAUUCUGGAAAACAAAUACCAGACAGAGAAGAUUACAAACAUUGAAAAUGAACUAACGCUUGCUCGCCAAGCAGCAAGCAAAUACAAGUCCAUGCUGGAAACAAACAGGAAGAAAGGCAUCAUUAAACUAGGCACUAACAACAAUAACAAAACUAUCAUGUCUCACUCGCAAGUGAAGCACCUCCUAGAAAACGGCACAGUAGAUGAGUUGCCACUGAGAGCAGCCACUAUAUCUGAUCUGAAAUCACUUUGCCUAGCGCUACUGGACAAUGUGAACGAUAAAAGUCUCGCCUUAUCGCAUCAGAAAAGGACCAACAAGCUGUUAGCUACCAAAAUUGGAGAGCUGGAGCGACACAUAAAAAUGCUCUCCGGCUGUGAUCGGACCAGUAUGGCGAGCCUGUCUCCUUCGCAAUACUUACUAAACGGUUACAGUUCCGCAACAGUUGAUCAAGACCAGGAAGACGAUACGGUCGUCCGACGUAGUGCUGAAGUGUCUGAAACAAAUGGGCAAUUCGCAAAUAGUUCCAGUGGUCCUUCUCAAAGCGGACCUCGAACGGAACCCCUGUCAUCUAGCUCGAACAAAAGCUGCGUGCUGACAUGCUCCGAUGACGAGGACGAUGACGUUGCCGGCUCUCGCACCGAUAACAGUGCGACUUCAACUAAAACGGAUGAACUACAUGCGGCAAUAGCGCAGUUGGUUGCGUCUGUCGAACGAGAUCUUAGCGCUGACGAACAGCUUCCACGGCUACCGGAUGAUAUCGCUGCAUUGAUCGAACAGUUUAAGGAAUAUCCUAGUGAGAAUAUUCCAUAGAUGCCUGAGCGAUUUGUACUGUUGAUCACAAAUGGCGAUGUACUUUAUGCUUCUUUUUUGCUUACUGCACUUAACAGUACUCUUCCGAAAGGACAUCGUUUAUUUAUUUUAAUCUUGCCAUUGUGUACUACUAAUGUUAUUGAUUCGGCAGAGGUGUGGAACAAUUGU